GGGACGCCGGGCUCCGUCGUGCGUCUGCCGGCUGGGAGUCCCGGACGCAGCCGCGAGCGACAGCCGCUCCUGGACCGAGAUCGAGGCGCGUCGCCCCGGGACCCGCAUAGGAACGAGUUCCCGGAGGAUCCGGAGUUUAGAGAGAUCAUCCGGAAGGCAGAGCGGGCCAUCGAGGAGGGCAUCUACCCGGAGCGCAUCUAUCAGGGCUCCAGCGGCAGCUACUUCGUCAAAGAUUCAGCAGGGGGCUGGUGUUCGACCUCUCUGCAGUGAACACGCUGGAAGCUUCAUCUGCUCACUAGUGAGGCAACUCACAUGAGUCAUUAAGCACAUGACCGUAUGUAUGGUCAGGUGGUGUGCAUGGCCAGUUUCUCAUUCACUUCAAAUCAAAUCAGAGAUGAGUCAUGGAGACCAGAUGAAGUCUUUGUUAAAGAAAGUCAUCGGAGUCUUCAAACCAAAGAACGAGGAACCGUACGGCCAGCUGAACCCCAAGUGGACCAAAUGGCUGCAGAAACUGUGCUGCCCUUGUUGUUUCGGCCGGGACUGUCUGGUUCUGAAUCAGGGCUACCUGUCAGAAGCCGGCGCCAGUUUAGUAGACCAGAAACUAGAACUCAACAUUGUGCCGCGCACCAAGGUGGUGUAUUUAGCAAGUGAGACAUUUAAUUACAGCGCCAUCGAUCGAGUAAAGUCUCGAGGAAAGAGGUUAGCUCUAGAAAAAGUGCCCAAGGUGGGCCAACGCUUCCACCGGAUUGGCCUGCCACCUAAGGUGGGCUCAUUCCAGCUCUUCGUAGAGGGGUAUAAAGAUGCAGAUUUCUGGCUGCGGCGGUUUGAGGCGGAGCCUUUACCUGAAAACACUAAUCGCCAACUCCAGCUACAGUUUGAGAGACUGGUGGUGCUGGAUUACAUAAUUAGAAACACAGACCGAGGAAAUGACAACUGGCUCAUAAAAUAUGACUAUCCGAUGGAUACAUCAAGCAACAGAGACAGUGAUUGGGUGGUAGUGAAGGAACCCAUCAUUAAGCUGGCAGCCAUUGACAAUGGUCUGGCCUUCCCUCUCAAACACCCAGAUUCAUGGAGAGCCUACCCGUUUUACUGGGCAUGGCUGCCACAGGCUAAAGUUGCCUUUUCACAAGAGAUCCGAGAUUUAGUUCUUCCCAAAUUUUCCGACCCAAACUUCAUCAAAGACCUUGAAGAAGAUCUAUAUGAGCUUUUUAAGAAAGAUCCGGGUUUCGACAGAGGACAGUUCAAGAAGCAGGUCUCAGUAAUGAGGGGGCAGAUCCUGAAUCUCAGUCAGGCGCUGAGGGAAGGAAGGACGCCGCUGCAGCUGGUGCAGAUGCCGCCCGUUACCGUGGAGACGGCGCGGGCGCCGCAGCGGGCCAACAGCGAAUCCUACACGCAGAGCUUCCAAAGCAGAAGACCCUUCUUCACCUGGUGGUGAUGGGGGCUUUUAUGUGUGUGUGUGCAACCUGGUUUUAGUUGCGUUUUUUUUUUUUUUUUUUUCAUCUGAAUUUUGGGAACAAAUGAGAGUAGGAAAAGGUCCAGUAAUUGACGAGAAACCCUUUCCACACAUAAUUCUGAAGGAGAGCAUUGCCUCGUUGACUGUUACACCGUAUGAACACUCAAAGCUGCGCUCAGAAUGACUUGCAUGUCAGUAAGACAGUGAAGGAGAAACUUUCUGCUGUAGUAAAACCUCAAUGCUUUACGACUCCCUCCCCGGCACUGGAACUACUGCUCAACUGUGUCCUUCAUAGGCCUUUUCUGUUUCGUUCUUCUCACAAUCAUUGAAAAGUCGCACACUUUAUCCUCUGCUUUUUCCAUUAGCGUUAUAUUUUUCUACAUUUUUUUUUUUAUUAUUUUUUUUUUUUUACGUGCAUGUGUCUGGUGGUCAUAACCUGGAGGCGGAGUCUCCUCGGAGCUCAACUGAGCAUGUGCAGAAAAACACUGGAACGUUCCAUUCUUCUUUUUGCUCAUUGUUUGAUUUCAUUUGAAAAUCAGAAGAUAUUGUAAUUUUUUUUUUAAUGUAUUCACAGGUGUCAGCAAAACUGACCUUAAAACGUGACAAUGGACUGUAUAAUUUGUAUGUAAUGUAUUUAAAGAAAGAUGCUAUAACUAUAACAGUGCUGUACUCAAUAAAAGAACAGAAUUGA